AUGAGCUCCUUCGCCGCCGAGCCAAGCUCAGCAGCGUUCGUCGCUACUCCACCACCCCGAUCGCCCCAGCGCAAGAGCCCACCCCGCCCCCGCUCAACGUCAACCUCGACGACUGCAAGCCCAAGCCCCUCCCCGUGUCCCUCGUCUACCGCCCGGCGUCCUCAACCACCAUCCCGGCGGCGGAUCCACGUCCCUCGUCUUGACCUCCUCCCGCACAAAGCACACGCCCCUUUCCCCGCCCUUCGCGCUCUCGUCCGCCAGCUCCAGCACCCACGCCAUCAGCACGCCCCGCCCCCGCCCGCCAGGCACCGCUCCAGGUCGCCCACCGCAUCCGCCUCGACAGGGCACCGUCCGCAGCCACCGCGCCCCGGCAGCCCUCUCCGCGAGCCAGCUCGCCCGCCACCGCGAGGGCGCCAUAGGAUCCUCGGCCCCAACGUGCGCGCCGCCGGCUUCAUCCACCUCGUCAGCUCCGUCAGCUCCCUUAACGGCAGCAGCGCGACGCCCAGCCCCGCGAGCCUUCCGGACUGGCAGGAGAUCCUCGGCCCGAGUAACUACAUGAGCAUCCGUGCAGCCCACGCCCACGGACCCGCCGUCCUUCCCGCCGAUCGUUUCGUGCCCCCGAGUGCCGUCCAGAAACCCAGCAUGUGGGAGUGCCAGAAGUCGCCGCACGGCCAUAAACCUUCGCCGAACUCUCCUGCCCCACUGUCGCUAGCGGCUGCCGAGGAGCUGUUCAUACAAUGCCGAUGCCUUAGGGCGCCUCAGAUAAAUCGAGGCUUUGCUGAUCGGCGCCUUUGGUACUUGUCGAAGGUCAGAGUCAAGUUGAUCCCGUCUAUUGCGGGUAAGCACGAGGGCUGGCCGGAGGUCAUCCUCCCAAAUCAUCUAUCACCGAUGAACUUGAAAGCCCUUCGAGACCUCGGUUUGAACGCAGCCAAAAGAAAGGAAAUAACACUCCAAUUCCAGGUAUCGUCUAUCGGGUCGUACAGCACGCAGUGGAUGAACCGGUUUCACUGUUUGGCCCGAGUGUUCAGUGUGCAGCCGGAAGGUGCACGGCUCGAGGAAGACGACCUGCAGGAGCAUCCGGACCCUGGUCUGACUCCGGUCGGACCCAGGAAUGCUGCUCGCGACAGGGUGCAGUUGACGCGUGGCCCGACUUCUGGCGCCCCCAAUCUCCAAAAGGAGGAGGAUUCACCUAAACCUCCCGAGCAUUGGGAGGUUUUCUCAGUCUUCGGUGACGAAUCUCCGACUCUCAAGGGAGCGAUGCUCUCGGACCAGCUGCCAGACGCGACGAAGCCGCCGCCGGGAUGCGAGAAGCAGUAG